CAUAAUCUUGCCAUGUUCACACAGAGAGAGGUCUGGUAUGGUUAUGGCUUCUCAUUCAUGGCCAGGAAUAAUAAACAGUGUUCUUAGCUCCACGGAAUCUCUCGCCAUCUUAGCCAACGCAGCUUUUCCCCUUUUUGCCUGUUCAAUUCUUCCUUUACCUUUUCAUUUAUUAUCAUUAAUUUUUGAAUAUUUUUCAUCUUGCCAUCACUAGGCAUCCGCCUCCUCACUAUAAGAUUCUCGCCCAUUAACUUUCUUCACUUCUUUCCCCAAGCCAAGAAUCUCUUUCCCCCUCACAGAUUCCUUCUUUUCCCUCCCCUACUUUCUUUCUCUCAAAAACUUAGCUUUAUCAAUAUGAUGCCAUUCUUCUCUUUCUACCCUCUCUCUCUCCCCUUCCCUCCUCGCCUCUCAUCAUCUCUCUUAGUCCCUUUCACCGUUUCAGAAAAUCCCUUUGCCUCAUGUCUUCUUCGAACGUCAACCACCUUUCUCAGCCUUGCAUUUAUGGACAUGUUGUUUCUUCACACGCAGACCGCAAAUCGAGGUUUAUGAAAUGGCUGAGUAGGCUUUUCAAAGGUGGGGCCAGCAACAGGCAUGCCGAUACUGGUGGACAGCAACCUCAGUCUUUUGGCGAUGAAAAUACUGUUUGGCGUGCUCCUGUUAGAUCCUUGGAUGACCGAUCUCGAGCCAAUAAAGAAAAGGAGGAAUUAGAUCGUGCGAUUGCACUUUCUUUGGCGGAGGAUUUAAAGAAACCAAAUGGAUACAAAUGGAGAACAGACAAUGAUGAACACAAUAAUGGUUUCAAUUCAGCACCUUAUCCUUCGUAUGCCCCUUCUGAUUAUUAUCAUAUGAGCUAUAGAAUCUGUGGCGGCUGUAAACGAGAAAUUGUUUAUGGGAAUUAUUUGGGGUGCAUGGGCACGUUCUACCACCCAGAUUGUUUUCGAUGCAGUGCAUGUCAUUAUCCUAUUACUGAACACGAGAUCCCUACUAAUGGAGUUGGCUUGAUCGAGUACAGAUGCCACCCUUUUUGGUCUCAAAAGUAUUGCCCUUCACACGAACACGACGCCACUGCUCGUUGUUGCAGUUGUGAACGUCUGGAGUCUUGGAACACAAAAUACAUAUCACUUGGAGAUGGGCGUAAUAUAUGCUUGGAGUGUAUGGAGUCGGCUAUUAUGGAUACGGGAGACUGUCAACCAUUAUACCAUUCCAUCCGAGACUUCUAUGAAGGAAUGAACAUGAGAAUUGAUCAACAGAUACCAAUGCUUCUUGUCGAGAGGCACGCCCUUAACGAGGCUAUUGAAGGGGAGAAACAUGGCUUUCAUCACAUGCCUGAGACGAGAGGUUUAUGCCUGUCCGAAGAGCAGACUGUUACUAGUGUUCUGAAAAGGCCAAGAAUGGAGCGUGCUGGACUAGUAGGAAUUAGGACACAACCCCAAAAACUGAUUCGUAAGUGUGAGGUUACAGCCAUUCUGGUUUUGUAUGGUCUCCCCAGGUUGCUCACCGGCUCAAUCCUCGCACAUGAGUUGAUGCAUGGAUGGUUACGACUCAACGGGUACCGAAAUCUGGCACCCGAGGUAGAAGAAGGCAUUUGUCAGGUACUCUCUCACAUGUGGCUCGAGUCUGAAGUAAUUCCCGAGACAAGAAACAUGCCAUCCACAUCAUCAUCAUCAUCAUUAACAACAACAAAAAAAUGGCCAUACGGAUCAUCAACCAUGACAUCAUCAUCAUCAUCAUCAUCUGUUUGGUCAUCAUCCAAGAAAGGCGGCAGGUCGAGUGUCGAAAACAAGCUUGGCGAGUUCUUCAUGCAUCAGAUAGCACACGAUGCUUCCCCUGCUUAUGGAGGAGGUUAUAGAGCUGCCAUGUCAGCAGUUAACAAGUUUGGUCUACGCCGUACUUUGGAUCACAUUCAAUAUACGGGACAGUUUCCUAUGUAAACUUUGAUUGUGUUUCGUUUGAAGACGUUCGGGAGUAUACUUAUUUUAUUUUUAUAUUUUAUUUCGAAGACUCGGGGAAAAUGGACUAUUGGUUUUCAUAUCUUCUUUGUUAUAUGGAAAGAGCUUUUUCUUCUGAAAAAGGACUGAGUUGAUCUUUGUGUAAGUGUGAUGAGCUCAUCCUCCCCUGGUUUUUUUGGGGGGUCCUGUGAGGAUAUGCACAUGCAGUUGUUAUGAAAUGUAAUCUUACGAAUUUGGGGACUCUUUUUAUUUGAUGAAAACAGUUGAACUCAAAAAGUUGAAUACAACAGGUAUUUUCAA